UAAUGUAGCCAGAGGUGUAACAGCUGUCUGGAAUAGUCGCAAGCCGAAAUUAUGGCCGUGAAGCAGCAAUCGCAGCAGUCGGCGGCAAGUCCUUCAGCGUCUGGACAACAACGCGAAGCACGUCAGAAGAACAUGGCACCUUCCAAUGGUCCACAGCAUCCAGCCGGCGGCGCGUCAUCUCCGCAAGGCCAGGGUGGCCGUGUGGGCUGUCUGCAGCUGAUCGACAAUCGGAAGUGGCAUUACGUAGUAAUGGGUCUCCUCUUUAUCGAUUUCUUUGGGAAUGCCGUGGGGGUUGGCUUCUUGUCCCAAGUCACGUACCAUACGUGGGCUCUCAAGAUGCGUCUUGCAUCUGCCGGGUGCUGCGCCAUCUACGCCAUUGACAUGUUGCUUCGCCUCGUGGCGGUGCGGUCGGCGCUGUGUCGUUCGCCGUCGUCGUUGAUGGACGUUUUCGCGCUGGUGCUCGUCGGUGGGGCCGCGGCUGCUCGGUUCGUCAAAGCGGACAGUCCUGCCAAGGUUGUGAUCACCCAGAAAGGGUGGCUGGAUGACGAAGCGCCCAUCCCUCGCCAUCCGAAAUACGUGUCCAACCAAAUCGAGAUCUACAUUGCGUCGGCCUACUGUCUCUUGAUCGCGGUGCGCAUCAUCCUCAAGCCUCGCGCGCGCGUGUUCUCCAAGAAGUUGCACAACCACGCCAACUCGGACCACCUGCGCAUCUCCAUGGACUCGCUACGGAGCUCUCUCAAGCGCAUUCCCAACAUCUCCGAGGUCCAAACACGUCUUGUGUACCCUCCAUCGACUGAAUCCAUCAGUAGGCGGCGAUUGAAAUGAUGGAGACGGACCUGGUCAUGAUCUGCGGCCGCAACGACGGCGAGAUGUCACGCAGCGAGCUCAUGCAGUUCCUGGAGCGGGCGCUCACCUACCGCCCCAAGGAAAUCAGCGCCAGCGUGUUCCUGUCCCACCUGCGAGACAUUGACGCGCAGUCGUCGCUGUUCAUCUACGGCGCGUCGGACGUGGUGACAUCGACCCUGCGACACUGGUCCAACCAGCGCCUUGCUCUGUCUUGCACCGUCUUGGUCGUGCUCAUCAACGCCUCGUUCGUGCCGCUCGUGGCGUACUUUAUGAGCAAACUGGGCGACGAAGCGUUUCCGCAGCAAGUGAUCAAGGUCGCUAUCACCAACCGUACCCAGGGCUACACCAUCCGCACGGACAUCCGGUACCAGAACCUCACGACGGACGCAUCCGGUGUGGACAUUGAACUUCCAUACAUUAUGCCGGACAAAGCACUCAAGCUGGGCGUGUGGGGCAUCCUCCUCAUCUGCGUGCCGUUUGCGAUUGUGGACUUCCUCAUGGGGUACUUUCAAUCGACGAUGAUUGCCAAGGCCACGGAACGGCUCCAAGCGUCCCUGCUCAAGACGAUUCUGGCCCAGCCCACGCUCUUCUUCUCCCAGCGCACCGAAGGCGACCUCAACAACUUGUUUCAGUCGGACGUGGCGCGCGUGAAUGCGCUGUGGCAGGCCGUGUUUUGGAACCUCAUGCACCCGAUCGUGUCGAUCAUGUCUGGGUUCUCGUUCCUCAUCUACUUUGAGCCGUCUGUGGGCAUGGUCUGCCUCGGGUUUGCCGCCAUGAUCGUCUCGUCUGGACCGCAAGGCUACGCCAGUAAGAAGUCCAAAGACUUUGGCUCCAAGAACGCGUACGUGUCUGCCGAGUUCCAGAACGCGAUUGCGUGUCAAAAGGUCGUGCGUGCGUAUUCCAUCCAAGACAAAUUACUGGCGAAAUUCGACAAAACCACGCAAACGUUGAAACAAAGCCAAUUCCUCAAAGACUUUUGGGCUGGCGUCGUCCAAAUAUACGUGGACAGCGCCAUGUUUUUCUUUGUGGCUGUCAUGACCGCGGCGCUGGCGACCAAGGUAUACCGGGCGGACAUCACGGCAGGGGACUUCUUCUCGGCUGUGACCCUCAUGUCGCGCAUCUCGACGCCCGUCACGGUCUUGGGGGGGUUCAUGCGGGUGGCUAUUGGCAAUGCCAGCAGUCUCCAGCGUCUGGACGAGAUUGUUCGAGAGGAACGAAAUAUCAACGAUCCCAAGCAAGACCAAGCGAAAAAGUUGCCGCAGGUGCCACGCAUGACCCAAGCAUUGCGAAUUGAUCGCUUGAGCUUUCAAUACGACAGUACAGUGGACCACUGGGACUUGGAAGACGUGAACGCCACGUUUCCCAUUGGCCAUUACGUGUGCAUUGUGGGCCCGAGUGGAUGUGGGAAAAGCACGUUGCUGGGGUGUUUGAUGCAGUUUUACGAGCCGUCGGAUGGUGUCAUUGCCGUGGACGACCACAAUCUGCACGCGUAUUCCAAGUCGAGCUACAUGGGGCAGAUCGCCGUGGUAUUUCAGGACGGCGGGAUCUUGAACGGCAGCAUCCUAGACAACAUUCGGUUUGGCAAUGCUUUGGCGACGGACGACGAGUGCAAACAUGCGGCCGAGCUGGCCGAGUGCGGCGCGUUCGUCCAUGCCCUCAAGGACGGGUACGACACGAUUGUGGGACAGCACGCGACGGCCAAUUUGAGCGGCGGACAGACGCAGCGCAUCUGUCUGGCGCGGGCGCUGGUCCGGAAGCCGUCCAUCUUGCUGCUGGACGAAGCCACGUCGGCGCUGGACGCCGAGACCGAAGCCUCGAUCGUCGACUGCCUCCACGCGUUGGCCAAGAAGUUGCACAUGACGAUCAUUUCGGUGACCCAUCGGUUGUCGACGACAAGGUCGGCCGAUUCGAUUCUCGUCAUGCAAAGCGGCCGCAUCAUCGACCGCGGCACGUACCACGAACUGCUGGCUCGGCCCAUGAGCUUCUUUGCCGAGUUGGUGCACAAGACCACGACAACGCAACGAAAGAACGAUACGUCCUUCAACGCCAUCCCGAGCUUUACCAUCGCCAACCACGACGAGGACGACCAAGGCAGAAAUACCGAGGAAGCGCUCCAGCUGUUCACGCACCGCCUUCGCACGCGCACGGAUAGCGCCAACGGCCAUUCAUUCCGCAAGAAUGCACGCAAACCUUCGGCUGCGGACGCCUACAUUAUCUUGUAGCGACUUGUUUAAUACAUCUUUCAUUUCGUGUCUUCUUGUACCGAUAUAUAUAUCC